AUGAAGACUGUACUUGCCACCACCGCCGCCGCCGCCCUGGCCCUCGCUGGAGCCGUUGGUGCCUGUCCUGAACAUGAUUCGGACGGACACCUCGAGGCUCGGCAGGCCAAGGCCACUGGCGCCCUCGCUGGGUACUUUGACUAUGACGUCUAUCCCAAGGCGCAGGCGGAGAAUGUGACCAAGUACAUUGCUGCGGCCAAGGCUUACGCCCGCGACGACGUUUAUCCAUACUAUGCUCGGGACUGCAAUUUCUAUUCGGCGAACACGAAGCUCGAUAGCGCGGGCAACCAUGACGGCCUGGCCCCGGCCACCGAGGUGUUCAAAGACUUCUACUUCGUCGGUCUGUCCAGCUGGACCGCGUGGGCGUACGACACUGGCGACGGCCUCAUCAUCUACGACACGCUCGCCUCUGCCGCCGAGGCCGAGAACAUCAUCCUUCCCGGCCUGGCCAAGUUUGGCUUCACGGGCAAGGACAUCAAGUAUGUGUUCAUCAGCCACGAGCACUUUGACCACUACGGCGGGGCAAAGUAUCUGCAGGACAACUUCGACCCGAUCAUCGUGGCGUCCAAGGACACCUGGGCCGCCAUGGAGAAGCUCCCGGCGACUGCCGACCCGGCCCCUCCGGUACGCAACGCCAAGGCCAUAACCGUUACCAAGGACGGCUCCGAGAUCACGCUGGGCAACGUCACGACGACCAUGUACCUGACGCCCGGGCACACCAACGGCACCAUGUCGUACAUCCUGCCCGUGACCGAUAGCCAGACGGGCGAGAAGAUGCUCGCGGGCAUGUACGGCGGCAGCGGCGCGUCCAGCACCGCCUGGAGCCUGGGCGUCCAGGCCACCCAGCUCGUCCGCUGGGCCGACCUGUCCCGCAAGAAGGGCGUCAAGGCCUUUGUCAGCAACCACCACUCGCGCGACCACAGCCUGUACCACAUCGAGGAGUACGCCCACCGCGUCUGCGACCCCAAGGGCCGCCACUGCAACUUUGCCCACCCCUGGGUCCACACCCCCGACUGGUACUACCGCUGGGCGAUGAUGGGGUCCUACUGCAUCCGGGCCCAGGCGGCGAGGGGCGGCUUCAUUCUGAGCCAGUGA